AUGCAACCUCAUCGAGGCAUGAGCCACAUGGUACACGGCGCGUGGAGAGAUGCGACUGAUUGUGAAGAUCGUACGAAUACUACGAAACGGACGGCGGCGCGGCGCGGGGGCGGCCUGGGCCUGGCCCUGUGGACGGCCGCCGUCGUCGUCCUCGCCCUGUUCCUGCUGGCGCCCGCCUCCGCGGCUCCUCACAGGCAGAAGCGAGUGUCGGACCAGCGGCUGGCAGAGCUGGAGACGCGCGUGGCCCUCAACCGCCUCAAGGGAAUCGUUGUGACGGUGCCCGUCGGCUUCGGCAAGGUGGACCCCGACAAGCUAGGUCGCCGCCGGCGGUCUGAAGACGACCGCUUGGAGCUGAUGGGCGGUGCGGGUGGCGCGGGCGACGCGAUGGAGGGCGACGACGGCGAGGGCGAGGAGGCGGCAGUGGGGGCGGUGGAGGCCGAAGCACCGGGCGGUCGCCUGGCGGAGCUGCUUGCGGCCCUGGAAAUGCAACGGCUGCAGCGUCCGCAACUACUGCGUCUCGGCGGCUACCAGAAGUGAAAACAGCUGGUGACUGCAGGCAGCUACCAUAAUUCCCACCUCUACCAUUACCACUGCUUCGAAGCAGCACCUCUCCGCCGAUUCCACGAUGCAUUUGAAUCUCGACGCUCGUGCAAACGGCAUCGAUGUUCUACAUAUUUAUUAUUUAUUAUUUUCCCCAAAUUAAUUUAUUGUAAAUAUAAAACCAGACAAAACAAAAAUGUCUUGUAAUUCUUAAAUGAUUUAGAUUCCAUGUAUGUACUGCGUUGAAUUGCAUUCUGGAAGUUGAUGUAUAAAGGAGCCUAAGAAACCAAAACAUUCUAGUCAUUCUAAAGUUUAAGAGUUAAGUAUUAUAAUGGUGCCAUAGUAUUAUUUAUGUAUGUACACUAUAAAGCAUAUUGUCUGAAUGAUAAAAGAGUUACUUGUGUGCAUGGGGGAGAUGUGGAUUCUUUUAAAGAAUCAAGGGAGAGAGAAGCUCCAAGAAUAGCCCUGCUCAUUGUCUUGGUUUUAUUUUGUGUGUUUGUUUAUAAUUGCUCAAAUUUUUAAAAUACUAUUAGGAUUGUUAUUUAUUAUAUUUAUUCUUUUGUUUUGUAUAGUUUUGCAAAUCAUUCAAAUAAUAAAAUUUGGAUUGUGAAUACAGAUUUUCAGUUACUUUUCUUUUUACCUUAUUUAUACAAUAUUUAUUUCGUGCGAGGGAAAGAAAUUCCAACAAGUAUUCUUUGAAUGGUGCCGAGCACUGAAAGAAAUGAAAAAUUAUUCUUUAAUACCGAAUACUGCAUUUAAAUAGCCCGGUUUCGUUUCACUCACCUAUUAACCCAAGGACUUUUUCUGCAUCUCUCUUUGACAAAAGGAUUCACCCAUGAAAUUCUACUCAUUUCUCUUUUCCCACCCCGCUCUCCAACUUUUUUUUAUCAAACAUCCAAAUGAACACAUGAAGGUAAUCAUAUGUGGACAGUUCCUAGUCUGAUGAAUUCACCCAAAAAUCGUAUUCUAUAAUUUAUAAAAAAUGGCAAAUCGAGCUCUUUUUAGAUUGAUGCCUGC